AAUAUAUAAUUUGCUAACAAUUUAUUUGACAAUUUAAUUCAGUAAUAUAUUAAUUAAAAAUGUACUAUUUGUCAUAUUUACAUUCCAAACCCUCUCUGUGUUUUAUUAUUUUAGGUGCAGAUGUGGAUAUUUCCUCCGUGCUGAUUGGUGCUGCUGUUGGAGCUUCAGUAAUGAUGAUGCUGUGUGGUGUAUUCCUGUGUGUAAGGAAAGCGAGUCCUUCGCGGUCUGGACCAGGAGACCCAGCAGGACUCGACACGAAGGCUGAGGUCGAGGUCGAGGAUGAAGAGUCUGUGUAUGCGAACAAAACUGUUUUAUCAGAGUCACUUCAUUAUUCCACUGUCGUGUUUCCCAACGGAGAUGGAAGUGAAAUCAGAGGACUUUCCAAGCUCACUGCUGACUACGCCAUCAUCCAUCACAGCUCCGAACAUCUGACCGAGGGAGGAGUUACAGAACCAGCCAUCGAGGAAGUCCAGGAAGAAAACGGGACAAAUAUGGAACAAGAGGAGGCAACUUACGGAAACAUCACACGUCCCCUGAUGAUGGAGCAAACGCAUUUGGAUUUAGAGGAAGAUGGGAAUAAUGGAAUAAAACCAUCACAGAUUCAAGAAAGAGAUUCAGCUCAACUCAUUCACUCAGAUAAGGCUGACUGAUAUCAUUUAUUGUUUAAAAAGCCUGCUCAGGGCGGGGGCUGGCACGUGGCUUAGUCGUUAGCAUGUUUGUUUCACAGCCCCCAGGUUGGGGGUUCAAUUCCCGCCUCCAUCCUGCGUGCAUGGAGCUUGCAUGUUCUCCCCUGGCCCUCAGGGCUCUCUCCAGGCACUCCAGCUGGAAUAGACUCCAGGCUCCCUGUGAUCUCAUGUAGGAUAAACAGUACAGAGAAUGAAUGGUUGGAUGAAUGGUAAACCUGCUCAGAUGUACAGGCUACAAAGGGCAAAAUGUAUACACGUGUGAUAAAUACCUGUUUAUAUAAACACCUUUAAAUUGAUGAGCUUGGUUUGAAGGAAAAAAGACAUAAAAGUAGAGAAAACCAUCGUAGUUUCACACACAAGUGCACUUAUUGCAUAUGUUUAUUGCUUUUGGGAAAAAAGCUUCAAGUUUAAACUGAUCAUCUGCACAAGCAAAAGUUGUUGUUGUUGCUUUCAGCGUUUAGUUCUCUCAGUCCUGCUGACAAAAACAAACAAAAACAUUGGUUUUAUUUUCAUGAAAAUAAAUGUUGAAAAGAUUUACAAGUAUUUUUUUAUUAUAUGUUUAUAUACACGUUGCCAGUUUGUUAGGUAUACCAGUCUAUUCACAAAUAAAUGGUAAGCUCAGCGUAAAUUUCUAUAAUAAUUUAUGUUUAAUAAAUAAUUUUAUGUUCAUUAGUAUGAGUGCUACAUUUUAAUAUAUCUUCUUAUCUUUAUCUUUAUAUUUCUAUAUAAUGUGUUUUGUACUUGCUUUGGUUAUUGAUAUCUAUCUUCAGAUGUAAUGAAAAGAAAUGUCAUGCUUUUGUUCUAGUUUUGUACAAUUCUGCUUUGUAAUGUAGAAUUUGAUUAAAAAAAUCUUAAUACCUGUAUUUUAAAAUGACAUCGAACUAUAAAUGAUGGUAAAUAAAGUGACAUUUUCUUUGGA